AUGCUAUCAGCAGCUCUAGAGGCACUCAGUCGCAAUGCAAAGGUGAUAAUCAUCGACGGCGAGAAGCAUCUCGGAGGAAAUUCAGCAAAAGCCAGCAGUGGUCUGAGCGCUGCUGAAACCUCUACACAGAAAGACAUGGGUAUUGAAGAUUCGCGAGCCCUAUUCUACAAGGAUACUAUGGCUGCUGGUGAUCGUGAGAAUGACGAGGGACUAGUUGAUAUAUUGGUGGAUCAAUCAGCGGAUGCUAUCGAGUUUCUGAAGGAACUCGGUGUUAAUCUCAGUGACAUAAAUCUGUGUGGAGGUCAUUCUACUCCGAGAACUCAUUGGCUUCCAUCACCAAAGGAGGGUCGUCCCACUCCGGUAGGGUUGGGCAUCAUAAUGGCUGCUACAGCAGCGCAUUCUGACAUUCGCAAAAAGCCAGGCCUAUGA